AUGUGCCCGUCACAGAGUCAAACAGGGCAUUGCAUCUUUGUACUAUGCGCGUGUGCGUUUCUAACAUUGAACCUUUCACUCGUACUCCGUACACCGCAUACUAGAUCUUUAUCAGCUACUGAAGGAGAUGUCGGCGGCUACAAGAGCCACCCCCAGCAUUGUGUCUGUCCGAGUGUCGAUGCUUCCGUCUUGAUGCGUCUGGCAGACCGUCAAGCACUCGAUGUUUUUGCAAUUGGCCAAUUGCAAGCUCAUAAAUACAGCUCUGGCGUCAACGGAGAACAGGGCAUCGGGGCAGUGGCGUCGUUUGUCGAUCAUCCGCUUCAUCCAGUCCAGCCUACCGCCAGGAGAACAUUGGAAAUCUAG